UCACACACUCAACACUGUAUAUUUCGUUUUUAUCUGCUGAACGCGGAGCAUCACGUUCUCCUCGCACGAAAGUCUCGCGAGAACAGUUUCCUUGGAAACCAUACACCGUGUUUUCAUGGAGAGGUCCGAGCGACAAAAGAUCCAACUGACAUCCAAUCAACCAUACGACGAAAGUUUUGACGUAAACGCGGACGACGCGGACAGUGUACACACCCCGACCCCACGACAGAUUGUUUCCAGGAGGGCAGGGAGGCAGAAGCAGAGCACCAUGGCCAGUUACACUGGUAGUAAACUAGAAGAUGAAACAAAGCAGAGAAAAAAAGAGCCACCUGGUUCUCGUGGUACUAAAGAAAACGAGGAUGAUGAUGAAGAGGAGGAGGAGGAGGAGGAUGACGAAGAUGAUGAUGAUGAUGAUUCUGAUGAUACAGAGUCUGAUGAAGAGGAAGGGGAGCCUGGAUCUGUUCCAGAAGGCGCAUAUGAUCCAGCCGACUAUGAUCAUCUUCCUGUAACAGCAGAGAUUAAAGAGCUGUUUCAGUACAUCACACGAUACACCCCUCAGACGAUAGAUCUUGAUCACAAACUGAAGCCGUUUAUCCCUGACUUUAUUCCGGCUGUGGGAGACAUUGAUGCUUUCCUCAAAGUACCGCGACCGGAUGGCAAGCCAGAUAAUCUGGGUCUUCUAGUUCUGGAUGAGCCUUGCACUAAACAGUCAGACCCCACAGUGCUUUCCCUGUGGCUGUCGGAGAACAGCAAACAACACAAUGUCACUGAAAUGAAGGUUAAGAGCAUAGAAAACCCAGAAAGAAACCUCAAAGCCAUAGACAACUGGAUUGAGAGCAUCAGUGAACUGCAUCGGUCAAAACCUCCAGCUACUGUAAACUACACCAGAGCAAUGCCGGACAUCGACAGCCUGAUGCAAGAGUGGCCAUCUGAUUUUGAGGAACUUUUGGGAAAGGUGAAUCUGCCCACAGCAGAUAUUGAUUGUAGUUUGGCAGAGUAUGUCGACAUUAUUUGUGGGAUAUUGGACAUACCUGUGUACAAGAACCGAAUUCACUCGCUCCACGUCCUGUUCACACUCUACUCUGAAUUCAAAAACUCGCAGCACUUUAAAUCUGUAGAAGGCCAGAAGUCUGACACGCCAUCUGCUUCACAUACAGCCACGGCUGAAUUAGAAAGACUCACUUUGGACUGAAAUGACUGUCAUGACAUUUUGAGCAUGGUCUAUUUCUUACAUCCUGUUUUGUUGUUGUCAAGAGCUUUUUUUUUCUAUAGCCCAUGAUACUUUAUAUUGUAUAGAUUCUCCUUAUCUUUGGUUAUAUGAAGUAACAAACACAUAUCUUAAAAGCAAAUGUAUUAGCAAGGUUUUAACAAUGUUUAAUAAAUAAUAAUUACAUUU